GUGAUGUAAUCUGCACAUUAUAUCUACUCUCGAUCACAUUAAAGGUUGCUUAGUGAUAACAAAUUAGUGCGACGAGCAUGAGGCGAAAUAUUUUACCACGUUUACAAGGUGUUUUAAAGCGGAAAUUCUCGCGAGUGACGUCUACAGUCCGAAUUGUCGAGGUCGGGCCACGAGAUGGACUACAAAAUGAAAGAUCAAUCGUACCCGCCGCCGUCAAAGUAGAUUUCAUUAAUCAACUAUCGCGCACUGGUUUAAAAUGUAUCGAAGUUACCAGUUUUGUUAGCCCGAAAUGGGUUCCGCAAAUGGGAGAUAAUGCGGAGGUUUUUCAGGCCAUUGAAAAAGUCCCCGGCAUUUCUUAUCCGGUUUUGGUUCCAAAUGUCAAAGGUUUAGAGAGCGCUAUGAAAGUGGGAGUUAAGGAGAUUGCCGUGUUUACGUCAGCUUCAGAAGGUUUCUCACAAAAAAACACGAAUGGUAGCAUUCAACAGGUGAUAAAUCGCACAAAAGAUGUUAUUAAUGUUGCGAAAGAUCAUAGCAUCAAAAUAAGGGGUUACAUUUCAUGCGUUGUUGGCUGUCCCUAUGAUGGUUAUGUUAAGCCAUCGGCUGUCGCAAAAUUAUGCGAAACGUUACUUAGCCUGGGCUGCUACGAAAUAUCACUGGGAGAUACAAUAGGCGUUGGCACUACCAAUUUAAUGAAAGACAUGCUGAAGGCAGUAUUGGUAGUUGCCCCUAGUGACAAAUUAGGAAUUCAUUGCCAUGAUACUUAUGGACAAGCAUUAGUAAAUGUUUGCACCGCUCUGGAGUCUGGGAUUACGGUAGUGGAUUCAGCCGUUUCGGGAUUAGGAGGUUGUCCUUACGCCAAAGGUGCAUCCGGAAACGUGGCCACCGAAGAUUUGGUUUACAUGUUACAAGGCCUUGGAGUUCGUACGGAUGUAGAUCUGAACUCAUUAAUUGAAGUUGGGCAAUUCAUUUCCAAAACAAUUAAUAAGCCAACGAACUCGAAAGUGAAUAGUGCGUUGUUUAAAAACUUGAAUCCAUAAUUUCUGUAUGAACAGCUUCCUGUAUGCACGUUUGGUAUUAAACCGUAUUAAAUGAAA